CCGGCCUGAGUGAAAGUGUCAGUCGCCGCCGGUCCUCUGCCUCCUCACGCUCGCAGCGCCCGCUGGAGCCCGCCACCAUCCCCACGACGUGUUGCCCUGCACCCGCAGUCAUGUGCCGGACCCUGGCCGCCUUCCCCACCACCUGCCUGGAGAGAGCCAAAGAGUUCAAGACACGGCUGGGGAUCUUUCUUCAUAAAUCAGACCUGGGCUCUGAUACGGGGAGUGUUGGCAAGUUCGAGUGGAGCAGCAAACACAACAAAGAGGGCAGAAACUUCUCAGAAGAUGUGCUGGGAUGGAGAGAGUCGUUCGACUUGCUACUGGGCAGUAAAAAUGGAGUGGCUGCCUUCCACGCUUUCCUAAAGACGGAGUUCAGCGAGGAGAACCUGGAGUUCUGGCUGGCCUGCGAGGAGUUCAAGAAGAUCCGCUCGGCCGCCAAGCUGGCCUCCCGGGCUCACAGGAUCUUUGAAGAGUUCAUCCGCAGCGAAGCCCCAAAAGAGGUUAACAUAGACCACGAGACCAGGGAGCUGACCAGGACGAACCUGCAGGCCGCCACGGCCACAUGCUUCGAUGUGGCUCAGGGGAAGACACGCACACUGAUGGAGAAGGACUCCUACCCACGCUUCCUGAAGUCACCCACUUACCGGGACCUGGCCACCCACGCCUCUGCCACCAGCACCUCUCCAUCCAAGGGCAGCCCAGCAGAGCCCUCACACACCUGAGCCUCAUGGCAGUGAGGAGCCAGCCGGGAAGAGAGGUGGAGUCACCCAGCCCCGAGGCCGCCGCCCCUGUGUGGGAGGCAGGUUCCGCAAAGCUGGCAAGAGGACAGUGAAGGAAAACGCCGAUCCCGCUCCUCCAGAUCCCGUGGGACUGAAUUUCAUGCGUGAGAUGGUCCCCCACGUGCAGGACUUACGGAUAAGGGCUGAAGAGGGCGGUCGCGUGGGGCUCUCUGGGGAGAAGGGUGGUGGUGUGAGAGUUGCCAUUAGCUCUUGUCAUUCGCAAAGGGACAAGAAAUGUUCCAGGGCGGUUUGGGAAAUAUGUGACUAAAGGGAAACUUGAAAACGAGAGAGGGGAAGACAGCCAGAUCGGCCGUUCUGCCUGUUGACGGACUGCACCCUGAUCCCAGACUGUCCUGGGCACGGGAGGGAGCCGUGGGUGUGGACCCUUCCCGUUCUGCCACCUCACCUGCCUCUGGGCUGCCCGAGGGUCCCUUAGCUUGGACUUAACACUGCUGUGUCAAGGCCAGGGAACCAAUGUGAUGCUUGCCGCAGUGAGAUUGUUAUACCUCAAAAACUGGCCGUUGAGCCCCUUUCCAAGUCAGUAGAGCCCCGGAAAGGA